AUGAACAAUAAAGCAGACCAGGAAGUGCAAUUGUUAGAUGAUCGAAAAUUGAGUACUGAAGAUAAAACAGAUGAAAAAAGGGAUACUGCAGAUUUAGAUGUUAUUUUAUUAAUGGAUGAAAAAAGUUCGCCUAGCAGACAAGAAAAUUUAAGCGAAGAUGAACCCGAGAUAAUGUUGCUUGAUGAGAGCGCGCCAAGUGUUUCGGAUGAAAUCAUCUGUUUGCAAGAUUUGAAAGUAAUCGGUGAAGCAGGGCCUUCUUCGACUAAGUCACAACAGAAAGCAGUGAAAGAGGUGCAGAAUGAAACGAGGAUUCCUACGUCUUUCGAUAUUCAUCGAGGCAAAUAUUCCCCUUUUCAUAGUACAUAUCUCCGAAAUUUUCCUUCGGCAAACAAUCUGCGGUGUUCAAUUUCAUCGGUGCACGCUGCAGAUAUGCCAGAAUUUGUGGAUUUACUAACUCAAGGCAAUUUAUUAAUUUGUAAAAAAUGGUUGAGAAAAUGGGAUGUUGUACAGAGUGGACUGAUUAAUGGGAACCCGUUACGGAUAUGUAGCUAUAAUGUUCUUUGUCAACAAACUGCCUGUAAAACUCCGGAAUUAUAUAUGCAUCUUACAAAACCAGGUCACGCUUACCAAUUAACUUGGGAAAACCGGUGGAGAUUAUUGGCACGUGAAUUCUCAAUGAUUGCUGCUGAUAUUUUUUGUCUUCAGGAAGUGCAAUACGAUCAUUACGAUCACUUCUUUAGACCAUACUUUGAAGCUGCUGGUUUCCUUGGUAAAUAUAAGAAACGAACGCAUAGUCUGAUAGAUGGUUGUGCGAUAUUUUACAAAUCUCAAUUUCAACUGCUUCAUUAUCAAUAUAUUGAGUAUUACGUGAACAAUGAUUCGGUAUUGGACAGGGAUAAUGUCGGUCAGCUGAUUCGUUUGAAAGACAUGCGAAGUGGACGGGAAUUCUGCAUUGCAAACACACAUUUAUUAUUUAAUAAACGACGUGGUGAUAUCAAACUUGCACAACUUGCUGUUUUGCUUGCAAACAUUGACAGGGAAUGUGGUCCGGAAUCAGGCCAAGAAUGUCCGUAUAUUCUAUGCGGUGAUCUUAAUAUUCAGCCAUACAGUCCGCUAUAUAAUUUUAUAAUGAGUGGUGAAAUUUGUUUUACUAAUCUUCGACGAGGUGAUAUUUCGGGUCAAGGUAAUGCUGGUGGACCAUUUGUUUCAAUUAAUUUAUUACCUGAAGAUGUAGGAAUUGGUCGGAAUUGUCGUUUCAAAUGUCUGAAAAAUCGUACAAUGUUACUUCCUUCAGUAAAUUGCUGGAGUCAUCCACUCUGUUUCAACAGUGUUUAUCAUCAUACAAAUGCAGAGAGCGAACCAAUGAUUUCGACAUAUCAUAGUGUUGAAGCUGUUAAUCCAGAUUUUAUAUUUUAUUCUGUCAAAUCAAAAGGAAUUAAGCAAUUGAAUUCGGGUCCAGCAAUAAUUGUGUCUGAAAAAGAAAUUCGACUGAUUCGACGUCUCAGUUUACCAAAUAUGAAGCAGUUAGCUGGAACUUUAGGACCAUGGCCUAAUUCAACAACUCCGUCCGAUCAUAUACCUCUCAUUGCUGAUUUCGUUUUGCAGUAAUCAAAAAUGUCGGAAAAAAGUACAUUUUCGGCUACAUCAUCAAUGUUGCCAGGUGGUAUUGCCAGACCAAUCGAUCAUACACCUGAUGAAAAUGAAUUCCAAAUGACUUUAAUCCCCUCAACAAAAAUUAUUUUCAUGGGUGCAGAUAUUGGUGUUAAACCAAUAACGGUUGAUGUCGGAAUUUAUAAUGACACAUUAUUGAUGCAAGCAUUCAAGGUAAAAUGUACGGCAAACAAAAUGUUUACCAUCAGGCCAGCUUAUGGAAUUAUAGCUCCGAAAGUGAAAGAGGAAGAUUGCAAUAUGCAACCUCGGGAGAUAUUUGAAAAAUAUAAGCCUGAAGGUGUUAAGCGUAUUCAAUGUCAAUUCAAGGACGCUAAUGGACAGUCAAUUCAUCCGGCUGAUCCAAAACCCACCACAGAAACUGUAGUCUAUCCAGUGGCUGAUUCAUCAACCACUCGAUGA